AUGAAGGAUGACAUGAUCAUUAAUCUAAGUAGUCACCAAGUCACCGACCCUGAGAGAAGUUUUAGGAGACAACUGGCAUUGGAGGAAUAUUUUGGAUCUAGUGAAAAUGCUGGAGUGGGCUUAAGGAAGAAAGGACAGUUUGAUCCUAAAAGCAGUAAUCCCAGCAUUCAUACUUUUUCCAGAGUGGUUGAACAACAAGUCACUACCAGUAUACAUGUCAACUACAAUGUGCAGAGAAACAAUUUAAAAAAACAAGAGAGAAUGGCAUUGAAAAAUCUGAAAGAAAAUCAUCAAUUGGUUAUCCGCGAAGCAGAUAGGAAAGAAUUCUUGUCCCAAUUGGGUGAUACUCAAACAUACCGCAAAUUAGAUGGAGACCCCACUAAAGAGUUCAAGAAACAAGUGGAUAAUUAUUUUAAGACAGCCGUGGAAUUGAAUUUUCUCUCUAAAAGUCUUGGGGAGUAUAUGAUGGUUGAGUUCCCUAUUACACUGAUAAUUUAUACACUUCCUAAGGUGCACAAGGAUCAGAAGCACCCACCAGGGCGACCUAUAGUUUCAUCUAACGGUUCUAUACUACAGCCAAUCGCCACCUAUUUGGACACCCUGUUCCAACCUUUGGAUCCAAGGGUGAAGGUAUUUAAAAGGUACAUAGAUGAUCUUAUAUUAAUCUGGGGUGGAUCAAGACAUGACCUUGGAGAAUGGUUGCAGUCAUUAAAUCAGCAGAAAAAGAAUUUGAAGUUCAAGAUUAACUGUGACAACACCACUAUUGACUUUUUGGAUUUAAGACUCAUCAAAGUAGAUAAUAGACUAACCACUACACUAUUUCACAAAGACACUGACCGCAACUCAUUGUUGGAAGCCACAAGUUGCCAUCACCCUAGUUUGAAAAGGGCUUUGCCUAAGUCUCAAUUAAAAAGGGUGGUUAGGAAUAAUAGUGAUCCAAUCAGGAAGAUUGAACAAUUGGAUGAAAUGUACCUCAAGUUUAAAGAGAGGGUAUAUGGUGAUAAACUCCUACGUGGGCCACUGGAUGAGGCCCUUUCCUUGACACAAGAACAGGCACUUGUAAAGAAGAAUCAUGAUUCCGCUAGCAGGAGAUUAAUAUUCUCUACAGCGUUUACACCAGAUAAAAUGGAACUACCUGGUAUCCUUAAGAAAAAUUGGGACACUAUAAGAUCUGAUACAUCUUUACCUUUCAAAGAAUUUGAGAGCCCUAUGGCUUUUCUGGCACUGAAGCUGUUAACGUCCUCACUCCCCCACCUCCUUUCCUCCAGUCGCACCUCUGUGCCUGCCCUCCUACAGUCCUCCUCCUCUGCUAUCAUCUUCCUUCCUUCUUCCCUCCGCCUCUUCCCUCUUCUCCGCACUGAGCUUUUUCUGCUCUCGCUGUCUCCCUUUUCCCUUCUCCUACCUCGUCCUCCGGGCCAUGGAUGGCGUGGAUCUGACGAGCUUCUCUCUUCUGGUAUCGCUAACGGGCCUUUUACCAUGAGCCAUUCCACUCCAGCUACAGGUACAGUGAGAAAGUGCCCCACUAACACCACACAGAAAUCUCAUAAAUUAUUCCAUGUUUUAAAGCCAUGCCUGGACAAAUACUCUUGGAAGUUGAUGAUAUUCUCCAAGUUUGGAACAGUUUUGAAGAUCAUCACAUUCACUAAGAACAACCAGUUCCAGGCUUUGCUUCAGUAUGCUGAUCCCAUGAAUGCACAUCAUGCCAAAGUGGCUCUAGAUGGACAGAAUAUUUACAAUGCGUGCUGCACGCUGAGAAUUGAAUUCUCCAAGUUGACAAGCCUUAAUGUCAAGUACAACAAUGAUAAAAGCAGAGACUUCACACGCCUUGAUCUACCAACUGGAGAUGGGCAACCAUCACUUGACACCACAAUGGCUGCAGCUUUUGGUGCUCCAGGUAUCAUUUCCUCACCCUAUGCAGGAGCUGCAGGAUUUGCCCCAAUUGGUUUCCCUCAGGCAGGCCUUUCUGUUUCUGGUGUUCCGGGGGCACUUGGUCCUCUUGCACUCACCACCUCUAUCACCGGACGUAUGGCAUUUCCUGGCAUGACUGCUAUGCCCGGUCACUCGGUUCUUUUGGUUAGCAACCUAAAUCCAGAUGUUAUAGUACCUCAUGGGCUCUUUAUCUUGUUUGGGGUCUAUGGGGAUGUCCAGCGCGUGAAGAUACUGUUUAACAAAAAGGAGAAUGCUUUGGUGCAGAUGUCAGAUGCAAAUCAAGCACAACUUGCCAUGAGUCACCUGAACGGACAAAAGCUUCAUGGUAGGGUACUGCGUAUUACCUUGUCUAAGCACCAAGCUGUUCAACUUCCUCGAGAGGGACAUGAAGACCAAGGCCUAACCAAGGAUUAUACCAACAGCCCCUUGCACCGUUUCAAGAAACCAGGCUCAAAGAACUUCCAGAAUAUCUUCCCUCCCUCAGCAACACUGCAUCUAUCAAACAUCCCACCUUCUAUCACUGAUGAUGACCUCAAAGGACUUUUUGCAAGUACUGGAUGUACAGUGAAAGCCUUUAAAUUUUUCCAGAAAGAUCGAAAGAUGGCUCUUAUCCAACUUGGCUCUGUGGAAGAAGCUAUCCUGGCACUAAUAGAUCUGCAUAACCAUGACCUGGGUGAAAACCACCACUUGCGAGUUUCUUUUUCCAAAUCGAUGAUCUGAAGACUAUCUCCUUGCCUUUCAUUCCCAUCUAUUUUUUUAAGACUGAACCAUGGUUUCAGCACAAGUUCUCAGACAGAGACUGAAGAUGCUAAGACCAACUCUGCCUUGUCCUAAGACUGAACAUCUUUGAAAAGGAACUUCUUAGUUCCAUAUAUCCUGAAUUAAAGACUAAAUAAUGCAGAAUGACGGAGUGACACAUUCUGCUUUGCUGGCAGUCAAAUCAAUCAAUUCUCCAUGUUGUGAAAAGCCUCCAAAAACACAAAAUCAUUUUUUUGUCAUUCCUCAUUUCUGUGUCCUUUUCAUUUUAGUUCCAAUUUAGCCUUACACAACAUAAUUCUGACAAUCAUCCAGGUGUGCAUCUCGUGUCCCCAUAAAAUAAGCCACUAUAUUUUCUUAUUUUUCUGGAAUGUGUUCCAGAUGUCAUUAGACGUAAGCAUUCCUUUGGUUGGGUGUAAAGUAUUUUCUUGCAUAUUUAGCCACAAAGUAAGAUGGCUAAAAAAAGAGAAAAAACUGUCUAAUGUAGAGGCAAUGCCAGGAUUAAAAAAAUAAACUUUAUGUGAGGUUUUUAAAGUUUUCCUUUUCCACUUUUGGCUAUUUCUUCUGACCUUCACUUUUAUAUUGGUCUGUAGACCACAUUAAUGUUAUUUUAUUGGAAUUUUAUCAUUACAAAAGUGUAAUUGUAUAAAUGCCUCUUUCAUAUGUAAAUUAAUUAAUAUUAUUUGUCUGUGGCAAAGAUAUUUUUUGUAAGACCACAGGUUUUUAUUUAUUUAUUUUAAGUAAGGCCUUCUUGUAGAUAAUGGGGAUAUACUAUUAAAUGUUUGCCUUACCACUGGAUAGGCAAUUAAUGAUUUGUGUCUAUUAAAUUUACUGAAACAUUGCAAUUGUAUUUGUACAGUAAAUUUAAAUACAGUUCAUCAUGCAAAAUUAAAUGAUUUUACUCAUCAACUGUGUUGUGUAAUACUAUGGUUUUGGAACAAAAUCAAAAGGUUCAUAGUUAAAGGAAGUCAUGACUAUUUUUUUUUCACUGUUUGUUUAAGAAGUUUACAGUCUUAAGGAAAUAAUUCAGGUCUCAUUUGGUUAGACAGAUUUUUAAAAAUUAUUUUUGACAAUGUGUUUGAAAAAAAAUCUUAAACCAUAAAGGGUUUUUUGUACCACUAUAAUAACAAAAUACUUAAAUCAGAUUUACUGUGUAUUUACUUAAUUUACUUAUUAUGUGCCUUAUUACGUGCUUAUAAUGAAAAAAUAGGUUAGGUUAUUUUCUGAUAUAUCUAUGAAAAUUGUAUUGUGGGCUUGGUGAGUGGUUGUUUAACUUGGUUUUCUAGAUUUAUGUUUUGUGUGUUCUUUAAGUCAAUAACUAAAGUCUAAUAAUCCAUUUUAUUUACUUAAGCUGCAGGGAAUGGAAGAGCUCUGCAAACGGUCUGGCUGGCAUAUUCUAGUUCCAAACACGCACAACAGGUUAUGAAAUGCAACUCAAUCUGUGUUUUUAAAACGUGCUUAAUCAACUUCCAGUACUUUUUCUACACAGAUCUCUGAUAGUUUUCUAUGAUAAAGUUUAUCAUUUUAUCAUUAAAAUUGACUUGGACAAAGUCAGAA